UAAUGAUGUUAAUAAAGAUCUUAAAAUAUUGCAAGAAUUUAUUGCAAAAAAUAUUAGCUAAAAAAUUUAAAUUUAAAUUUUCUUACUUUCCGGAAUGGUCCUUAACAAUUUGACCAUUGAGGCACGUGGUACUAAUUAUCGCAGUUACCAGUAAAUGUUAAGAGAAUGUCAUUACUUCAGGUGACCUACUUAUUAUUAUUUACAUAUCGGUAUAACUUAUUGUUGUUUAUUGACGUCACUAGAAAUAAUGACACUUUGUUGACAAUUUAAAAAUGAUAAAUAUCAUCAUGCGCCUCAUUGUCAAAUUGAUAAAGAUCGAUUGCAGAAAGUACCCAAGCAAAAAAAAGUCAUUACAAUAUCGAAAUAGCUUGAAAUGGCUCAGAAAUGAUUAUUAAAAGUCACUUUUCAAUUAAUCACAAUUUAAUUUAAUAUCAUUUUGACUCGUUGUUCUGCUUGGGUAAAGAGUACAGGUUCGAGAUCUCUGGCUGUAAUAUUUUUCACAAUAAUUUCGUUUAUUAGCAUCCUUAUUAUUAAAUUGUUGAUCGAUUUAAUUUGCGAUAUUACUAUUCAUAGCUUAAGUUUAAAACUGCGUUUCAAAACUGAUAGAAUUAUUAACGCACAAUUUACGAAACUGAAAAAUAUAUAUAAAUAUGCAGAAACUAUUGUUAGACACUAAAAUCGCACACUUCUACUUACUAUAAAAAUAAAACAAUUUUGUCGUAAAAAUUAAACAUUAAUUGGAAUUAAUCCAUUUUUGCAUAAACUUCAAACAACUGUAUCAAUUGAACUAGUGUCUACAAGAGAUCUAUAAUUAGUGUACAAGCUUUGACUUUGACUAAAUUUUAUGUGCGAUGUACAAGCUUUUACUUCCGGAAUGCAAAUGAUUCAGCGGAAACGCACGCACGUAAUAGCACAUAUCUAUUUUAUUUGAACUAUUUUAGUGACAGGCUAUCCGUCAUUUUUCUCAAAUGAUCGUGUAUGUGGUCAUUUACACGUGUGACAAACGGGGAUUAUAACAAGUCCCGUUAUUAUCGUUUUUAUGUUAUGUGCGUUGUGCACUUAAUCACAGCUAGACAUUUCGCGGAACGUGCAUAUUCAUAUACACGAAACGGGUAUAUAACGAAGCGACAAAACGGACGCUGCAGUCAGGUAGUAAAAGCCGAGGGCAACGGACAAUACUCCUUACGUCAAUCGCAUUCACAGAAAAUGAACGUGUCGGGGAUAUCGGAGGCAACAUGCUUGUCGCCCUUCGUAGGCGGACUCUCAUUGACCGAUGUCUGCGUCAGCAAUUCCACCACUUUGUUUCUGUCUCUGGUGAACAUGAUAGCUGCCUGUAAUCCAAAAAUUAAUGGCGAGCAGCGAAUCACGCCAAUCAAGAGGCCGCGAUUUGUUUACGACUUCAUCGUCGUUGGAGGUGGUGCGGCUGGAUCAGUCGUGGCUUCUAGAUUGAGCGAAAAUGAAAAGUGGAAUGUACUGCUUGUAGAAGCUGGACCGGAUGAAACAGUUGGCAUGCAAAUACCGAGCAACCUUCAACUCUUUCUCAACACCGACAUGGAUUGGAAAUAUAAAACUACGAAUGAAUCGUACGCGUGCUUGAAAAAUAAUGGUAGCUGCAGUUGGCCAAGAGGUAAAAACCUCGGAGGCUGCACUGCCCAUCAUGGUAUGGCGUAUCAUCGAGGCCACGCGAAAGAUUAUAGCAGAUGGGUGGAAAUGGGAAAUCAGGGAUGGUCGUGGGAAGAUGUAAUGCCGUACUUCUUGAAAUCAGAAAACAACAGAGAAAUUGGAAGGGUCAGGGCAGAAGAUCAUGCCACUGGAGGUCCAAUGACAGUCGAAAGAUUUCCCUGGCAGCCGCAAUUUGCUUGGGACAUAAUGACGGCGGCGGAGGAGACAGGCUUAGGAGUCAGCGAGGACUUGGUGGGCCAGAAUAUCACGGGUUUCACCGUAGCGCAGACGAUCAGCAAAAGUGGCGUUAGACUUAGCGCUGCCAGGGCUUAUCUGUGGCCGUACGCGAAUCGCCCGAAUCUAGAUGUGGCUCUAAAUGCAAUCGUGACAAAGAUCAAUACAAAAAAAAUCUGUUCAAAGGUGAAAACCGAAGGAAUCACUUUUAUUAUGAAUGGCCGACAACACCAUGUAAGAGCAAGGAAAGAGGUGAUCCUUACAGCUGGCACCAUAAAUUCGCCUCAACUUCUGCUUCUAUCGGGCAUCGGGCCGAAGAGUCAUCUGAAGUCCGUGGGAAUUCACACGGUCGUCGAUCUGCCGGGAGUCGGCGAAAAUCUCCACAACCAUAUGUCGUAUGGCAUAGACUUCACUCUCAAAGAAAAGAACACAGUUGAACUAAAUAUGCCCACUGCCGACCUAUAUUUGUACAAUCAAACCGGCCCGAUGUCCUCCACGGGUUUGGCCCAGCUCACCGGGAUUCUAGCGUCCAACUACACCACCGCGGACGAUCCAGAUAUUCAAAUCUUCUUCGCCGGCUAUCAAGCCGUUUGCAACACUGGCGGCAGAAUUGAGGAUUUGAAAACGUACGAUAACAAACCAACCGUCAGGUUUACCGCCGUAAAUCUUCAAGCACGAAGCAGAGGUCGAAUAACGCUUGAAUCAAAAAAUCCUCUACAACAUCCGAUAAUCUGGAGCAACGAUAUGUCGAAUCCGCAAGAUCGAUCGAUUAUUUAUCAGGGUAUUCAGCAUAUCUUAAAACUGUCAAAGGCAAACACGAUGAAAAAGUACCAUCUACACAUGAUAGACGAAACUAACUCGGAAUGCAAACAGUAUAAAAAACAUAAGAAUUACGAGUAUUGGGAUUGCCAGUUUCGAUACAACACCAGACCUGAAAAUCAUCAAGCCGGCACUUGCAAAAUGGGUCCCUCCUCAGACCCUAUGUCUGUCGUUGAUCCAAGUCUCAAAGUUCACGGCAUAGAGGGCUUGAGAGUGGCUGAUGCCUCCAUUAUGCCGAAGAUGGUUUCCGGUAAUCCCGUUGCAGCUAUUAAUAUGAUCGGCGAAAGAGUCGCUGAUUUCAUCAAGAAAGAUUACAAAUAAAUCAAUAACUACGAAUAGGGUCAUCUUCGUAAAUGAUAGAUGCAAUUUUGAUACCAAAGAAUUAAAUAUAAAUAAUAGUGUUAUAUUUUAUCGCAAUAAUAAAUUUGAUUUAUGAUGAUAUAUCUUGUCGUGAGCUGUUUAAUAAAAAUAUUUACGUUCAUAGAGA